GCGGGCGCCAUGGCGGCGGCGGGGCCGUACGCGCUGCUGAGCAGCUGUGAUGGCGGCUUCCCGGCGGAGGAGCUCGUCAGGCGCAUCACAGGAAGAGAGGACCUCAGUGUGGGUGCUACUACAACUGGAGGAGUGAGCUUUUACCCCUGGACGAUAGAUAACAAGUAUUACUCUGCAGACAUUCACCUCUGUGUGGUGCCAAACACAGCUCUGGUCACAGGAGCCAUCGCUGAAUCUGUGCAGGCGUUCGUGGUGUACUUCGACAGCUCCACAAAAUCUGGGCUGGAUAGUGUCUCUGAAUGGCUUCCCCUGACAGAAGACUGGCUACCAGAAGUCAUGAUCCUGGUCUGUAACAGAGUAUCAGAACAUGGUGUUAACAGACAGAAAGCUCAAGAAUGGUGCAUCAAGCAUGGCUUCGAACUGGUGGAACUGAGCCCUGAGGAACUACCAGAUGAAGAUGAUGACUUCCCCGAGUCCACAGGAGUGAAACGAAUUGUGCAGGCCUUGAAUGCCAACGUUUGGUCAAAUGUGGUCAUGAAGAAUGACAGGACCCAGGGCUUUGGCCUCCUCAGCACGUUAGCAGGUGCGAACUGCAGCCUUGGGUCAGAAGAGAACCAAGAUACAGAAUCCAAUCCAGCAGCAGCAGACAAAGAACCCCAUUUAGAGAACAGAGAGGAUGCAGCUAGCACAAACGACCCACAGAUGGACAGUGCUGCAGAUCCUGUGUUAGAUACAGAUAUUCAAGAGCUGGCCAGCCUGACCACGAGGGACGGUGACCUGGAGAACUUUGAGAGGCUGUUCUCAAAGUUGAAAGAAAUGAAAGAAAAGGCUGCAACGUUGCCCCAUGAACAAAGGAAACUGCAUGCAGAGAAGGUGGCCAAAGCGUUCUGGAUGGCGAUUGGAGGAGACAGAGAUGAAAUUGAAGGUCUCUCCUCGGACGAAGAAAACUGAGGUCUUCUGCAGCUGGAAGCAACAGAGUGAUCCUAAGAGUGAUCUUUUCCUGCAGUGAGUGUUAAUUGCAGAAAGCCCCAUUUAGCUUUAGCUGCUCUCUUUGGUUAAAGGAUUCACCAUAUCGUUGUAAUGAGUAACACAUCCACAACACCUUAUGGUUAGAGUGGUUUUGUCUGACUGUUUGUUCUCCCUCAGAGAGUUUUGGAUGACGACGUAUGCAUUUAGAGGAAAUAAUAGGUUAGUUUACAUUUUUCAAAUUAACAUUUUUAUAGUUUCCUCUUUUGAGUUUAAAAAAACAAUUUUACUACCAGUUACCCUUCUACAUAUGGCUGUUGGUUGUUAAACAACUACUUAAUUCUAAACAUUUAGAUGUAGGUCUGUUUGAUGUUUUUGUGUAGCUUUAUAGCUGACUUACAAAACAAACCAGAUUUCUAUGAGGCAUGAAGAGAAACUCGGUGUGCUGUACCCUAUUGGAGAUGCUGCGCCGGGGCUGCAGGGUUAAUCCUGCUGAGUGCCAGAGCCAUUAAAAAUGGCCCAUAGGCUUUGAUUUCUGUUUGUGCUUGUAAGCACGUGGUCCUUCCCUAAGAACUCCGGAGCUGUGCCACAUUCCCCAGGUUUCCAUGAGAAAGGAGAUUUGGGAUUAAAUGCAAUUCAGGCUUCUGCUGCUGGUCCAGGCAUGAAUUUCCCCACUCAAACCUUCUGCAGUGCAUUGCCUCCAACAGGGAGAACGCACAGACCUUCGUGUGGUGAAUUCUCACCUGAACAUUGCAUUUCAAACCUCCCCCACUCACCCGGUGCAUUUAUUACAGACUUCUGCUCCUGUAUGUUAAUUAGAACAUACCAGAGUACAGGUCCCAAAUGGCUGCUUUGUGGUACCAAGGGUUAGAAAAAUUCCUUCAUCCUCAGCGUUAGGAUGUUGUCACCUUCUGCACAGUCACAGGCUUUCUGGAGAACACAGGCAUGCACAGCACUGGAACAGGAAGGCACGGUGUGGGGAGAUGAGAAAAGGUAAAUUGCAUCCCUCCUGUUGUGCUGCAGGACCACUCCUGUGGCUGCAUGGGGGGGAACGUGUGCUCCCAGGAGUGUUUCCUUCCCUCUCUGUGAAGGGCAGUGUGAAACAGCCUUACUUUGAAGUUAGCUUUUCUAAUGUCAGUAAAUUUAGUGAGGCCUAGGCAGUGGCUUUCCAUAGGAUACCUGACAGCUUUGAAUUCCAAAGGCACUUUCACAGGGUUCUUGACAUUCACUGCCUGUGCUUUUAAGAUUAAGCAGAGCUAAGACAAAAGGCUUCUUUGAAGACUGUAAAUCGUUCCUGGGUAAAAACUGAGGCGUUUUCCAUUCUAAGAAACAGAACUGAUGCCUUGUGAGUAGUUUGAAUAGCAUUUCUCACAUCAAGAUGGAGCAGGAGCUCCACCACAGCAAAAUACCUUUUAAAGAAGCAACAUUCCUAUUGCAGGGACACCCAUACAGGCACUGAAGGGACCUCACCCAGCAGGGCUGCUCCUCCUGCCCUGAGCAGCACCCAGCAGCACCCAGGCCAUGCUGUGACUCUGCCCUCUCCUCCCAUUUGCUCCUGUUUUCUUUCCUCUCAACGCAGAGAGCUGCAGUAAGGAAGUGAAGGUUGUUCCUUCCAAGUAGGGAAUGGUUUUCUGUUUGCUUCUUGGUAGGUGGGGGUGGUUGUUUUUUUCCCCUAUUUGUUGUGCAAUAGAGAUGCAUGGCAGAAGUGCAGAGUAAAUUAACUGAAGGCAGUGAAGGACAUAAUGCACUUGGAUACUUUAUAAAAACAAUUUUUAUACCUGUGUUUAUAGUUUAUUUAAGCUGAAUAGAAUGACAGAAGUUUAGAUUCUUUUCCUGUUCACGGGAUAGGAGCAGAUAACUGCCUUACCCCUGCAGUCAGGUACCAGACUGGGUGCACACAGCCUGCCACCAUACAUGUGGCAGCAAGGAGAGAAUGUGUGAAAGCACAGAGCACACGUGGACAGCACGAGCAGGGUUGAAGCAGAGCAGUGGUGCAGUGUGGGGAGGUGUGCAUACUGCUGCUAAGACUGGAGGAAAUUUGUACACAUUUUCAUGCACAUCUUACGUACUACAAUGGAAAUGUGGCUUGUUAGCAGGUACAUUCCAUGCUUCAAGAAAGCAUUACUCAUCAAGGUAGGAAGUGUGGCUGAGAGAUACUGGAAUGGUCCUUAAAGAUUCUUUGUACUGCAUUUUUCAAUCCAAAUUUACUUCGCUGGUGACUUAGGUGUUUUUUAUUUCCUGGAGAGCCUUCUUUCCUUUUGGCUGCAUCAUUUCUUUAUACAAUAGCUGUUACUAAGAUGAAUAAAAGGGGCAUUGGUGGAAUUGCAAACCUGAAA